AUCGUUUAAACGACCAUUUUAUUUCUUUUUUAAGAAAUCUAUCCAACCACAGGGGAACCACUUUUCACAGAAAGCCCAGCCACGAAACCUAGCACAACUGAUCGGGUCCCAGAGGAUGCCUCUAAUAAUGCUGUUGUUAUGACAAUAAGAAAUACAGACAUAUCGGAGUGGGAAGAUGGAAUUUCUCAGUUGUUUGAAGAUAUCGUUGCCCAGGUUGUGGUCGAGUAUUGUCAAGAGAAUGAGAACGAAAACUGCCUUCAUUCUAAACUGAGUAAAAGGUCGAUCACAACAGGAAUCCUUGCCACAACUGUUCAUGUGUUGAAACAUUAUCCACAACAAGAGCAAGCUGAUUUAGUCAUAGCUUUCUACGUCAUUCUUCAUUCCAAAAAUCAAGAAAGCUACCUCAUGACCCAGGCUGCACUCUUGCAGGCUCUCAAAACGUCAUCAGCCAGACUGUCAGCCAGAAUUAAUAAAGAAGUUUACAACAUCCGGGCAUUUGAUGCAGAUGAAGCAAGUCCGCCCGCUCGUGAGUCCCGGAUAAUUGCGUCACAUAUGAAAUGGAUCAUAAUUGGUGGUGCAUCAUUAGCUGCAAUCGUUUUUGUGAUAAUAGGGAGCGUCGUUGCUUGCAGACGGAGACGAGCCUCCAGGCAGCUGAAUAAACGUGAAAGGAAAUCUGAAUUCAUUCUGCAGCAAUGGGCUGGGAGCCACGAGGACACUGUGUUCGGAUUACCAAAUCAAGUCACUGAACUGUAGAACUUGUCACAAUUUACGAUGACAUUGCAAGGAUUAAUGCCAGUUAUCUUUUACACAAUUUAGCGUGAUUUUACAACAGUAACAACAGUCACUGGCAAUGUACAGAGUGAUUGUGAAACUAAAAUGUGAAACAUAAGACAUUCAUAUCUAAUCGAAAUAAGAUAAAGCAUAGGACUAGACCCUUUGCCUAUUUACGUCGGAAAAGCUAAUUUCUCCCCCAAGCCUCGCUUUCAAGGUACCAACUAGUGAAUUCUGAUGGGAAACCAAGACACUAAAAUAAAAAUACUCCUUAAAACAAAGCCGAUCGGUAAAGGUUCAUGGAGAUUUUAAAGCAAACGAAGCUUUGGGGGGGAGGGGGGAUUUCUUGAAUUGACGUGAUCGUGCAUAAGAGCUAUUGAUAGACAAAUGUAAUCACAGAAAUACUUAAUCCAUCAACAAUAAAUAAGCCUUAGAUGAAAAGUAGAACGAAGGCCACCACUAAAACAACGGUAUAUCUCAAUGCAUGCAUUUCUACAGAGUUGGUUACGUACUACGCAACCUUUGUGAAUUGUAGUGUACGAAUAAAUACCAUUGAAAGACAACA